AUGGUAUCAAAAAGUGUUAUUGAUGAGUUCUUGCGGAAUAUUGAAGAUGCAACUGAAGAAACAGCCCUGUAUUAUUUAGAAAUGUGUAAUGGUAAUUGUAAAGAUGCACUAAAAUUAUAUUAUGAUAUAAAUGGUAGAAAUAAUUUAGAAAAUGAAGAAAAAGACAUAGAAGAGAAUCAAUUAAAAGAAUAUAACGAUUAUAAUGCUAAUCAAUAUAAUGACAGUAUUCGAGCACCUGAUAAACAUUUUAGUCAAGCAUUAAUUCACGAUAUGGAUGAUUCUAAUUUUUUACUUUUUAAUGAAAUAAAUAAAAAAGAAAAAAAGACAAAAAUAGAAUUAGGUGGUACUUUUGAAAAAUUAUUUUCUCCACCUGAAUCUUUAAUAUGUUCUUUAUCAUUUGAAGAAGUAAGAAAAAAAUCAAAAAAAGAAAAUAAAUUUAUUUUAGUUAAUAUACAAAAUUCGGAAUUUGAUUCUAUGAAAUUAAAUAGAGAUAUAUGGAAUAAUGAUAUUAUUCAGCAAAUAAUAAAAGACUUUUUUAUAUUUUGGUUAAGAUAUGAAUACGAUCAAGAAGCCUUGGUUUUUAUGAGUACAUAUAAGGUUAAUAAAUUACCAUAUAUAUGUGUAUUAUGUAAAAGAACCGGAAGACUAUUGAAAGUUUGGAAUACUAAACAUUUUCAAGAUCCUAUUUGUGCUCAGUCACAAUUAUAUGAAUUUAUUGAAAUGAUUGAUUCAAAAAAUAGUGUAGAAAAUAAUAAUAUAAGGAGUUCAUUAAAUGAGAUACCAAAUGAUUUAGAAAAAAACAGACUUAAUUAUAACGUUAAUGAUAAUAAGUUAUGUAGUAUAACAAACGAAAUAAAACAUAUAGAAGAAACUAAAAAAUAUAAUGAUAAGAAUUUAAAUACUUCCAAUUCUUUAAAUAAAUCAAAAACUAAAGAAAGCACAAGCAAUAAUGAAAACACAAAAGAAUACAAUCAAAUAAACAAUGAAUUAUCAGAGCUACAUAAAUUAAGAUUACAAAGAUUAGGGAAAAAAUAA